AUGCAAUAUCAACGCAUUAGAUUACAUNGCAACAUCGUAGUUUUAACCACAAUCUGUAAGGCCAAGGAACUUCGCAUCCCAGCAAACAUUCUCCUUUGUAGCCUGUCCUUAACGGAUCUACUGGUUGGCUUAGUCACUCAACCUCUUUUUGUUGCCUGGCGGGUAUUGCUACAUUACCCAUCUACCAUCUGUCGCUCCGAGCUGUUGCACUCCCUCUACGAAGCAUUCCUUUAUGUGUGCACUGGGGGAUCGUUUCUGUGCCUGGCGUACCUUAGUACCGACCGUUUCAUGGCUGUGUCAAGGCCGUUACAUUACCGUGCUCUUGUGACAACCGGAAAAGCCACUCGUAACAUGGUCAUUGUGUGGAUUGCAUGGAUCGUUUUCAUUGUUCUCCGUUACACGGGUAUCGAUGAAGAAAGUAAUGGGAUUAUCACUUCCAUUGUCGCUGGCAUCUUAGUGAUUUACCUUCUCGCUAUUCAGAUAGCACUGAUGGUCAGCAUUAAGCGAAACAGCAUUCAUUCCUUGCACGCAGAGGGAAGCAGCGCAAUUACCGCUUACAAGAGGGAAAAGCGUUCUGCGGUGACAAUUGUUUACAUCUUUUUAGCGCUGCUAGUUUUCCUUCUUCCUGCGGUUGUUGUACAAAUUGUCUUGGGAUUCACCAGCGCCAAUCAGAGUAAAACCGAGAUGAAUUUUGCCAUAUCAGCAAUUUUGAUAAACUCCUCCGCAAACCCAUUAAUCUACUUUUGGAGAAGCCGAGAAAUGCGCAAAGCAGCAAGAUGCAUUUUCAUGCGGGCCAAACCUGAGAAUGGAUCGGGUAGUGGUAGUGGGUCUUCCGACCGAAACAGUGCCGCUAAUAGUGGAAGGUCACUGGAAGAAACUGUUUAAACAAACUUUAUAACUCAUGAAUGGGUUUAAAAAAUUGAACAAUACACUCUAUACAACUUCUUUGACUUAACCUUGACUUGACGCUAGGCUUUUAACUGUGCCUUAGUAAACUUGAAUUUAAUAUAUUUAAGCAAUAAAGUACUUUUUCCGUGUUUACAUAGCCCCAUCUAGACAAGAGGGUGGCUCGGAGACUUCCAGACAGGUAUAUGCAAACCGAGAAGCAGUGAAGGGUUUGCAUAACUUUCGAAAAUUCUCCCAACCUCCCAAGCGCUUAGAUGAGGCUAUGUAAACACAGAAAAAGUACUCUAUUGCAUUUAUAAAAUAUUUCUCGAUCAAGAAUACGCGCGAAUGCAGCCGUGUUUAAAUACUUUUAUCUAAACACACUUAUCGAGCCGCGCGUAACAUCUUAGUUAUUUUAUAAAAUGAAAUGUAAAGAUGUGAAUGAUAAUCGCAGCUAUGUACACAACCUAGGCAGCUGUGAAAUUAAAGCCUGACCAGGCUUGAAUGGGAUUCGAACCCAUGACCUCUGCAAUACCGGUGCAGCGUUUAACCAACAACUAAACUAUCAAACCAACUGGGAGCUGGUCACACCGCAAGCGGCGAAGAACGGAAGUGACUAUGAAAAAUCAUGAUCAUAUGGUUGAACUGUGGAGAAAGAUGUAACGACAUGAUUGAUCAUCGCAGUUAUAUACAAAACUUAAGCAGCUGUGAAAUUAAAGCCUGAAAAUAAAAUUCAAGUCUGAAUGGUAAAGCACUGCACCGGUGUCGCAAAGGUCAUGGGCCCUAAUCUUCAUAUAUUCACUUGCUUAUAUAAUUAUGUCAUUACACAGUUUUUUUUCUGCCCAUGCGCAGUUGUUAUGUCGGUAAUUUCUGCUCCCUCUUGUUUUUCACAUUAGAACGACAACUCGACAGGUGAAAGCCAUUUGUGACGGUAAUAUCUAUAUAUUGUCUAUAACACGCUGUACUGAAGAAACAAAUAAACGGCGUUAAAGCGCCUACAUAUUGAUUAAAAUCAAAAUCAAAAUCUGACGGAGCAUAUACGUAAGUUGUUUAUAUGUAUAAGACAAGUUACUGUUAACUUAAUUAUGGAGCCUUGAUUUAUGAAUG